GUGGGAAAGAAGAGCACGUGUCGAGAGAGUAGGAAAGCUCAUUCUGUUCGGUUCCACAUUCUUCUCUCUACGUUGUUGUGAAGAGAGCAGUUUUUAACACAGAAAGAAAGACAGAAACGACAAAAAAGAAGAAAAUGGAGAAGAGUGGAGGAAGAAAAGUAAUGGAUGAGAUAAGAAGCUUUGAGAAGGCAAGUUUAUUCGAUCUUGGCCAUCCUCUUCUCAACCGCGUCGCCGACUCCUUCGUCAAAGCCGCCGGUGUCGGAGCUUUGCAAGCUGUGUCGAGGGAAGCUUACUUUACAGUGGUUGAUGGGACAGGUUUUGACUCGAGCAGCAUGGGUCCACCGUCUGAGGACACCGGCAGCAAGAAACAUAGGUUCCCUAAUCUCAGAGGGGAAAACAGCAGCAAAUCUCUGGAGGCACUGGUGAAGAAUACAGGAAAAGAAUCUCUCCAGUGGGGGCUAGCAGCUGGACUAUAUUCCGGUAUAACUUAUGGUAUGAAGGAGGCUCGUGGAGGAGCUCAUGAUUGGAGAAACAGUGCAGUUGCUGGAGCAUUGACAGGAGCGGCAAUGGCUAUGACAACCUCGGAGAGGACAAGUCAUGAGCAAGUGGUUCAGUCUGCUCUUACCGGAGCAGCCAUUUCCACUGCUGCUAAUCUCCUUUCCAGCGUUUUCUAGAUAAUUUUUCAUUAUAAGGUUGUUAUUUGUGUUAGUUUUAACAUAAAUAUGUCUCUCGUCUCCUUUCAAAGUUCUCUACGUGCCUGUGAAGACUAGGCUUUGUCUGAAACUCUUGAAGCCACACAUCACAUAUCACAUUUUCCUCCGUUUGAAUUGUUCUGUUUUCUUUUG